ACGUAACAACUACGUUUUAGGAUUAUGAUUUAAAAUAUUCGCUUGUUCUAAUUUUUUUGUGUUAGUUCUCUUCAAAACUUAAUUUUCAAAUUUCAAUCAUUUCAAAAUGAAAAAUACUAAAACUGAAGAUUGUUUUUUUCAAUCCGAAAGUUCAUUUCAAGAAUUGCUUUUUGCAGUAAAGGAUGGAUUUCAGAAACAUUUAGAAUUGUUCAAAACCAAUCUGGAUGUACAAAUCAAUGUAAUUGAUUCGAUGUGGGUUAUCAGUCAGCGAUUUUUAAUUCUUACGAGAGGUGCUGUGUGUAUGUGUUCAUAUCCUCAGGAACAAUGUGAUCGAGAAGAACGCGAAAUACGUGCAGGUUUUAAAUUGAAAAGAAAAGAACUCCACAAAUCAAACUAUACAUUGUCAGUAUCAUUGGAGGAUUUGAAACAAAUGUGCCAAUCAUUCGACAAAGCUUUGACAAACACCAUCGAUCCAAGUUUGCCAAGUCAAAUUAUUGAAGGCAAUAACGAACGUAAACCAAUUUACUUCUACAUUGAGUUCUAUGCUGAUUUUUUUAAAUUUCUUCGAGACAUCCAAAAUCAAUUGACUUGGUUAAAACCGAUGUUGUAUGUCGAUGACAUCAAAUCGAUUUUAGAAUACAAAAACCAUUUGCAACCAAAUAAGACUGAAUUAGAUUACUUUGAAAAAUCUUUGUACGAAUUUUCAAACCAGAAAUAA